CGAGAAUCUGGAUUGUGUUCUGGAGACCAAAUGGCAGGACAGGAAUUGACCCAUGCUAUGUGAGCCCGCAUAUGACAGACACAGCGUCAAGAAUUGCUAGCUUGAGUGCACCGAGACAGGUCUCACUUCAGUGCCGCUUCCGAGGUCACUUCUGAAUCAGGGUCCCAUCCGUAGAGCAUAUAAGGACACCGCAGCCCCGAAUCCCAUCCAAAACAACCCUUUGUCACAACCACCAUGUACACACGCACCGCAUUUGCUACCAUCCCCGGCUACGUCGCCUCGGGUUCUGCUCCCACGCGCGUCCCAUCCCACCGCCGCCGAGCGCCGAGUUCCGUCAAGUCUAUUAUGAAGACUCGACCCCGACGGGACUCGGUCGCAUCCGAUAUCUCGGACACAUCCACUCUCUGCGGUGGCGGUGACGAGGAGGACGAGGACGAGGAGAACCUCAAAGGUGCCAUCAGCUUCUGCCAAGAUGUCGUUGUAUGCACCAUCGACGCAAGGGCUCCCCACCCGGGCCGAUGGACUCUGCUGCUCGACACAGUCAGCUUGCAGCGCCGCAAGUUCCCGCUCUUGCACAAGGGCCCCCGGGAGACGCUGCGGCUGAAAAAGUCCGUCGUUGCCGAGACCGAAAUGUCUCAGUAGGCGGACGACAAGCGUCCAGUCGAUGAGGUGCAAUCACACAUCGUCGCUGGAUUGGAAUUUUUUGCCCCCGUUGGCGUUGUACCAAUAGGGGUCGGCCGAUGUCGUGCCAUGACUCCGAUGUACAUGUACUACCACCCAUGUCUCGUUGUUCUAGUUGUCAUCUGAAAUCUGAAAGUGACCCGUGCACAAACCUGAGAGUU